AUGUCUUUGCCUCGCAAAAGAACGGAAGCAUCCAUCAAGGACAUGCAAGAGAAGGUAGCAUGUUUAUGCAAUGAACUAGCUGAGUCCAGUGACACUGCACCCAAAGACGUCAAGGAUGUUCUGAACAAGGCAAUCAACACUACCAAGGAAGACCUGGCCAUUAUGCAGAACACUGACCAUGAGUGGGACUCCAAGGAGAAGGUCUAUGCCACUGCCAAGGAAUGUCUGGAUUACUUUGAAGUGAUUAUCCAGUCACAUAGUCAGAAUAUAGACAACAACUGGCACUGUCUCCUGCCUCACGUCCUCUCCCUGGAGCAAAGAGCAUGGUUUCAUGACAACCAUUGUGACUCCGUCAACUUGCCCUGGUCCCUGGUCAGAAAUGAUCUCAUAGGGAUCAACAGUGCAAAUAAUGUCGAGUGCCAAGUCUAUCACCUGCAAGAGCUAAUGACCCUUCAGAUGAAGGAAACCAAAUCUGUGUCACAAUACACAGACAGGUUUCAACGUGCCCGUCGCAGUACACAGAUAGAUGACUGUUUGAUAAUAGCUAUACAUUACACUAACACUUUGCUUUCUCGUCUCUCUAGACAUGUCUACUUGACUCAGAUAAAUCUAUUUACCAAGAAAAGAGACAUGAUCAUAUAUGCUGCACAGAUUGCUUGCUCAAUCUAUAGCAUAGUCAUCAAACGCAAGGAUUUCCAUACAAUCCUUCCCCGUAGACACAACAGUUUACACACAAGAAGCCACCACGCUUCUUCUAGCAUAUCUUCUCGCAGAUAUAGGCAGGAGUCAGACUCUCAUCGUGUCAUUCAACAAAGUCAUUGCCCAGUGCACAUGUCUGAAUUGACAGGUCGAUUUCAUGGUACAUGUAAUCAUGAUACUGCUAACUGCUGUGCUGCCAAAGACAUCAUUGCAGAGCACCAAGCCACAGCAAAGGUAGAGCAGAAGACUGCCAACUCUGCUUGCCAUGCCAAUCCCUGCUGCCACUGUGGACAGAACUGGUUCUAUGGGCACCAUUGUCACAGCAAGUUCUCUGAUAGCAGCACCACCAACAAGGAUAAAGCACCCUAUAUGGUGUGGUUAUGGGCCUUGGUAGACACAAGAGCAACGAUCAGCUCCGUCAACACCAACACUUGUACCAAAUUCGGUUGGAAGGUUUUGCCACAUGUGAGUCAAAUUGUUCUGGUCACAAACAAUGCAACUGCCCAUAGAAUAGAAGUUACUUUAUCAAUAAAUGUUUUUUACAACUCCAAAUCUCUUGUUCAUUCUUUUGAAGUACUUAAUCUUUCAGAAUAUGUUGAUAUUAGUACUGGAACAGACUUAAUGUCUCAAUUGGGAAUAUAUCUACUGAGUUUAGCUGAUUCAUAG